AUGAAUGCCGCCGAAGCAAAUACUGGCCCGGACUUUCAAGAGACGGUGGGCGAUGAGAUCGGCUUUCAGGACAUUGCAUCGAAGGGCACAACACUGCGAGUCUCUCAGCCAUGGCCCGAAGAUCAACUCCCUCCCACGACUGCAUCGCUGCUCAGCAUAGCCUCGAACAAGGAGCUUAUGGCAGUCGCAAGUCCAGAUGGGCUGCAUAUCUCGAGAACUGAGAAGACGCGGAGGAGAUAUAUCCCACGACCAGAGGGCAACGACAGCGUGAGACCUCUGGAACCGGAAGUCACGCUGUCGGUGCCGCGAGUCUCGCACGUCACCUUCAACUCCGACGAGAGCUGCCUCAUCAUCGCAGCCCAGGACGGUGGAGGACUGGCGAUCUACGAUACAAAUCAGCUGGCCAGUGGAGCUCAACCGGCCUUCCAGAUCGGGACAAACGCAACGAGCGUGCGACAACUGCUACCCAACCCAAAUCCCUCUUCAGACCUGGCGUAUUUCGUUGGCAUUGUCCUCACUGAUGGCAAGCUUCUGCUCGCCGACCUCAAGGCCCGUAGUCUGGUCAACAACGCGAAUGGAGGUCUAGUGUUUCACGAGAAUGUCACAGCUGCUUCCUGGUCGAAGUUGGGCAAACAGAUUGUGGCUGGACUUUCUGACAGCACUGCUGUUCAGAUCGAUGCUCAGGGAACAGUGAAAGGGCAGAUUCCGCGGCCGCCACAGUUACAGAAUGUGAUGCAAGAGAUCAACUACGAAAACGUCCAGGCGAUGCCCAUUACCUCGAUAUCAUGGUUGUCCACAUACGAGUUCUUCAUCGUGUACAGUCCGAGCUACGCGCAACCGGACGACAUGAACCAGAACGACUCUCUUUACUUCAUAGCAGCACGCGCCGCCAAAGGAGAGCCUUUGAUUUUCCGCAGAUUCAGCGUUGACCCAGCGCCACCAUUUGGCAUGUCCAGUCGGACUCCUUCGCAUCAGUUUGUCCUGCGAAUAAACGAUUGGCACAAAUCUGCCGACAUUCUCAUCGUCGGAUCCACUGCCUCUACCGAUAUCAACGCGCUCGGAAGAUUCAAAGAGGGAGCCAAGGACUUUCCGGCGAACGAGUUCGUGACCUGCACACCAGCAGCGGACGACAGGCGAAUUCAAUUACCUAUGAGUGCGUCUGGCGGUGACACAUCUCCACUCGGGUUGGCCAUCGAUUUGAGUACCAAAGAGGUCGCCCCGUUUCCGGUUCCGUCUGAAGACGAUGCUAUUCAUCACGCUGGAUUGCCCCUACCUGCCAUGUAUGUGCUGAAUACCGACGGUAUCCUCAACAUCUGGUGGAUUGUCUACAACGAUGCCGUUCGAGAUAAGCAGUUCUGCCCUGGAAUUGUGCACAGAUCAGGUCGGUAUGCGCUGUAUAGGAAGUUUGCGCCAGAGAUAGAGGCUGUGCCGGCUGGCGUAGAGGGACGACACGCAGGUGCAGCAGAAAACAAAGAGUCUGAUGAAACAGAGCCGCUCGGGGACUCGGCGGAUCCAGUGAAGCCCGCCCCCAGUACAGGUCUCUCAAAUGGUCAGUUGGGAUCGGCUUUCGGAUCAGUAUCUGGACAGCAAACACAAGCAUCCGCUGCACCUUCAGCGUUCGGGUCGAAUCCCUUGUCCAAGCCAGCAUCUUCGCAACAACCAGCAUUCGGACAGUCUUCUUUCGGUCAAAGCAGCGCUUCGAGCACUGCGGGCUUCGGCAGCUCCAACGCACUUGGUCAGAACCCUAACCCGUGGGGUGCCCCCUCUAAUGGUACAGCGAAACCAGCAUUUGGCAGUUCGAAUCCGCUGGGAUCUAAACCCAGUCCAUGGGGCACUCCUUCCACAGAAUCAUCAGCAAAACCAGCUUUUGGACAGAGUUCCUUCGGACAGCCGUCAACUCCAGGCCAGGUGUCUGCGUUUGGAAGGCCUUCAACACCAAGCCAGACGCCUGGUUUUGGGAAGCCUUCCAUGAUCGGUGGUGGAGGAACCUUUGGGCAACCGUCACAGACUGCAAGUGGCAGCGGUUUUGGUCAGGUGGGCCAGCUUGGUUCCAACAAAUCGUCGCCUUUCUCAAACCCUGCAAAACCUGCCAGCGAGUCUCCCUUUGGACAGUUCAGAAAGAAGGACACCCAGCAGAAUACUGCUAGCCCAUUCGCUUCCACCGCCACUCCUAGCCCAUUCGCAUCUGUCGCUGGUGCCAGUCCAUUCACAUCUAUCGGUUCUACUGCAACUUUAGGAUCUGGCUCAAGUGGUUUCGGUAGCUUUGGUCAACCUUCAGGUCUGGGGAGCUCUUUUGCGAGCAAGCCUGCAGUCUCGAGAGAGUCCACGAUGGGUGCCACAGAAGAGCCAAAGCAGCAAGGUGGCGGCCUUACUGGGCUGGGUCCGGGAGGUUUCAGGUUAGGGUCUGGAUUUCAAGGGGAUGGCUCAGCGAAAGACGACCUACCGAAGCCGAAGAUAAGUGACGAGAUCUUUGGUUCAGGCUUUGGUGCAGCGCUGGGUG